AUGGUACAAACAUAUCUGAAUCUGUUUGUAAGGGGUGGAGGUGAGCGUGGUUUCACCUGGCAUCGAGCAGGAUCUGUCCUGCAGAAGCAGAAAGGAGUGGAAGAUCUUGCUGCUUGCAUUCAGACUCUUCAUCAUUUAGGAGUGUCUGGUCCUGAUCUGACUGCCCUCACCGCUCGCAGUGCUGGAGCCAUCCUAGCGGGGGCGCUGUGCAACCAGAACCCACAGCUUAUCAGAGCUCUAGUUCUACAGGCACCUUUUCUGGAUGUACUCGGCACAAUGCAAGACAUUUCCCUGCCGCUAACUUUAGAGGAGAGAGGGGAGUGGGGAGACCCCCUUAUAAGGGAACACAGAGAUAACAUAGCUUCUUACUGUCCCUGCCACAACAUUCAACCUCAGCUUUACCCAUCCAUGCUGAUCACCGCAUACUCAGAGGACCACAGAGUUCCUGUAUCUGGAGUCAUAAAGUACGCGGAAAGACUAAAGAAGGCAAUCCAAAUGUGUACCACUCAGGUUGAUGUUAACGCACGUGUCCCAUCGGUCGUUCUGGACAUCCAGCCUGGAGCUGAUCACUUCGGCCCUGAGGAUUUUCAUCUGUCCUUGAAUGAGAGUGCCCGACAGUUAGCCUUCCUUUAUAAAGAACUUGGACUGUCACUGAACCAGCUAAAAACUCGACGGAGAAGAAAAUAAAAGUCUAAUAAGCUGACUAGCGAGUCCCAAACAUUGCUAGACUAA